CGUGCAAAAUGGCGGCGUCAACAGCUCAGAAGGUUGCAGAAGUCCGUGAGGUGACUCGUAUGGAGCGAAUCGGAGCUCAUUCUCACAUACGAGGGCUUGGGUUGGACGAUGCGUUGGAUGCAAGGAAAGUGUCUCAGGGGAUGGUAGGACAGACCGAGGCACGAAGAGCAGCUGGGGUCAUCUUAGAAAUGAUUAAGGAAGGAAAGAUAGCUGGGAGAGCCAUUUUAAUCGCUGGUCAGCCGGGAACAGGAAAAACUGCUCUUGCCAUGGGUAUGGCCCAAAGUCUCGGUCAGGACACACCAUUUACAUCAAUCGCUGGAAGUGAGAUCUUCUCUCUUGAAAUGAGUAAAACAGAAGCUUUGACGCAAGCUUUUAGACGAUCAAUCGGAAUCAGAAUCAAGGAAGAAACAGAGAUAAUUGAAGGUGAAGUUGUAGAGAUUCAGAUUGAUAGACCAGCAACAGGACAGGGUGCCAAAGUGGGCAAACUGACCUUAAAGACAACUGAAAUGGAGACAGUUUAUGACCUCGGAACUAAAAUGAUUGAGAGUUUGACAAAAGAGAAAGUGCAAGCUGGUGACAUCAUAACCAUUGAUAAAGCUACGGGGAAAAUAACUAAACUUGGCCGAUCCUUCACAAGAGCCAGGGACUAUGAUGCCAUGGGUCCACAGACAAAGUUUGUCCAGUGCCCUGAGGGUGAGCUGCAGAAGAGGAAAGAAGUCGUUCACACGGUCACUCUUCAUGAAAUAGACGUCAUUAAUAGCCGGACUCAAGGAUUCCUCGCUUUAUUCUCAGGAGAUACUGGAGAGAUUAAAAGUGAAGUAAGAGAACAGAUUAAUGCAAAGGUAGCUGAAUGGAGAGAGGAAGGAAAAGCAGAUAUCGUUCCAGGGGUCCUAUUUGUUGAUGAGGUCCACAUGCUAGACAUUGAGUGUUUCUCGUUCUUGAACCGCGCCUUAGAGAAUGACAUGGCUCCUGUUGUAAUCAUGGCAACCAACAGAGGUAUCACAAGGAUUCGAGGCACUCAUUACAAGAGUCCCCAUGGCAUACCCAUCGACCUUCUUGAUCGUCUUCUUAUCAUCACAACGUCUACUUAUUCGGAGAAGGAAAUGAAGCAGAUUCUUACAAUCAGAUGUGAAGAAGAAGAUGUUGAGAUGUCUGAAGAUGCUGUUACUGUCUUGACUCGUAUCGGCAUGGAAACCUCUCUAAGAUACAGCAUUCAGCUCAUUACAGCCGCUAACCUCGUCUGUAGAAAGAGAAAGGGGACAGAAGUUGGCGUUGAUGACAUAAAGAAAGUUUAUUCCCUGUUUCUGGAUGAGUCAAGAUCGACACAAUUCCUCAAGGAAUAUCAACAAGAGUUCAUGUUUAAUGAAGUAAACGAGGAUGAGAUGGAAACGUCAUGAGACCUGCUUGUAAUAAACUCCAACAGUACACCUUUAUUGGGCAACCAACAUGGAAACGUCAUGAGACCUGCUUGUAAUAAACUCUAACAGUACAUCUUUAUUGGGCAACCAACAUCUUCAAGUUCCAUACAGGGUUUGCCCUUAAUGUUUUCAGUGACUAGCCAGCCAGACCAGUGAGUUUGUCUAGUCGUUUCAAUAGUCCCCAAGGUUUUCACUUGUCCAUAUUUCAUAUAAAAUAGGAUGCUUUUCAACACAGAACUAGCCAGCCAGACCACUUGGAGUAAAGUUAGGCUUGUCCUCUGUUAUGUUACCUGGCAUUUGGCCAGUGGACUGUUGUUAAGGGAGAACCAUACUGUUUAUACACGUGUGAAUGUAAUAUUUUACUGCAGUACAUAAACAAGGUUCCAGACUAUUUUUUACCUUAGCCUCCUUGUUGUUACAUUGAUCUGUAUAAUAUGAUAAGGAUAGAUGCCCAGAGUGAUGCUAUCAUCUUGAGAUGAUCAAUGACAAGAAAUACAUUUCAAAUGUGAACUGCAAGUACCAACAAAGUUGCUGUAUUCAAGAAAUAAUUGUGACAUCUUAAAAUGCUUCGUUAGUUAUUUGGUUGUAAAUUUGAUAUCACAGGCUGGCAAUUUUUAUACAUUGCAUUCCAGAGACUGUUUUCUUUGAGAAAGUUUGCCCUUUAAAAUAAGGUCUUUCUUUUUGGAAAAUUUGCCCUUUAAAAUGAGGUUUUUUCUUUUGAGGUUUGCCCUUUAAGAGGCGAUCUUUCCCCAGACACCAAUAUCAUCUUCCCAUUCAUUAUUGGAUACAUCUGACCACUAGAGGGAGCUCUUGUACCAAUUAUUUUUAAGGGUUAGACGAACAUCUGUUUAUUAAAUCAAGUGUUGAGUUUCAUUUCUUAUUGUCUGUUAUACUCGACUGGUUUUUUAAUUACAAGAUUUGGCAUUUAAGAAACAGACAUGCCUGUUGCAAACCCCAAGGGAUCUUCUUUUAAUAGUUUAUUCUUCCAAUAUGAUUUACAGUUAUUGCAGUGCUUUGUUAUAAGUUGUCAAUAAGGAAUUGUUUUACUGAGUUUUGAUUAAUUCUGACAAUUUCACUGUUUUAGAUAUCAACCAAGGAAAAUGUUUGGGGUGUUAGAAAGUUGAUAAUAACUUUCUGCAUUUUUAUUUGUACUGCCCCCGUUUUAUUUUCAUUAAUGUUUGAUGACAUUUGCAGACAUUUUUCAUUCCACAUUUUUUGCUAUUUUAUAUUCUCGGACUUGCAUUUUGUACAUUGUGUGACCCGUUUAAUAAAAUGUAGAGAACAGUUGUGAACAUUCUUUUGAAUUUAUUAUUUUUUCUUCUCUUUUUUGUCUUGUAAGAGACAUUGUGAGUCUACUAUUAUUAGUUGAUCAAUAAUCUUUUAAAUGGUUCUGAAGUGUUCUUUGUAUUGUGAUCCCCAAGUCCAUAUGUAGUGUAUGUUAUGACCACAUCAUAGAAUGUUUGCAAAUAACAGCAACAAACAAAAACACAUUUCUUAUCGCACUGCUUUGAAUCUUAAGUUGAAUAAACCUGUUUUUGAUACAA